AUGUUUCCUCGUCACUGCAGUGGUGAACUCUACGAGGUGCUGGGGCUUCAUGCGCAAUGCACCACAGCCGAGAUUUCGCAGCAGUACCGCCGUCUCGCCCUGCGCUACCACCCCGACCGCAAUGCAGGCGCAACUGUCGCGCAGUUCCAGCGGAUUGAGGAGGCCCACCGCGUCCUCAGCGAUUUGCGGCAGCGUCAGCUGUACGACACCGUCGGCCGCGAAGGCCUGAAGCAACUCGGUGACUAUGGCGGUGGAAUGCUGGGCAGCCUGCUGCUCGCCGUUGGCAACGUCGCCGCAGGAUGUCUCCUCCUUGGCUUCAUGACGGCGGCGCUCUUUAUCUCGCUGCUCAUCAGUUGCUACAAGAUCGACGCCCCGGAGGAGUGGCCCUCGUGGGGUGUCGUGCUCAUCCCUGUCUGGUGCUUCCUACCGGUGCUGCUUCUGGCCAGCCUCACAGUGAUGGUGGCGAGUGUGCGUCGUGGCAUGUACAUCCUGUUGCUCCCCAGUGUACGUCUUCUUCUCUGCAUCGUCAUCGCGGCGACAACGGCGGCCGCGCUCGAUCACCGCAUCACCCCUCUCAUCGCCUUCAUUCCGUGGGUGAUCUGGUACGUCCUGGGGACGGCGAGUGACCUCGCGAUCCUGGUGCCAACAGUAUACACUCGCACGCACUCGCCUCCGUUCAGUGAGGAAGAAGCAGCCGGUGGCAGCGGUAAUCACUGCACAAACGCCCGGGUCGAGGACCCGUUCCUGCCGCCUGGCGGUGGCUACGAUAGGGCUGGUAGCGUCGCUGACUCAGAGACGACUCGAAGCAGUGGCGCUGAAGGCGGUCUCGGAAACGACUUCUCUCGGCCGUGGAAGACGGCGCGAUACUGGCGCGAAGUGGCGGAAGUGCUCUUCGAGGCGGUGUGCGUGUACACCUUCCUCGCCUUGGCGUUCCAACGCGCGAUGCAGCAGGAGGCGCGCCUUGGACGCUGGGGUACGCCGACACAACGCGAAGGUACCAGCGGCAUCGAUCCUGUGCCUCCUGUGCUGAGCUUCUGGGUGAUUCUCUCGCCCCUGCUGGUGUACUUUGGCGCGCAUGUGCUCAUCAGUGUGGCAGAGGUCUACUUUAUGGGCUCGACGGUGAUCACGACGCCAUCGUGCCCAGAGGAGACGCCAGUCACCGAAGGCACGAGUGCCAACAUGGCGGCCUCGUCGUCGUCGCAUCAGCAGCAGCAAGGUGAGAGCCGUCGCUGCGUUAGCGGCAGGGAGCGUGUCGCCAACGUCAUCAUUCGCGCUUUCCCGUCGGCGUGUGGACUGUACAUGGCGUGCCUGUGGGCGGCAAAGGAGGAAUACGAGUACAAUAAGCGCACCAGCGGUCCCGAUCCGUCGGCGUUCCUCGCUUUCCUCCCUAUCCUUGUCAUUCUUGGGGCCAUGUCCUUCCUUGUCUGUUGCGGCGGGUGUGCAGUGAUGUGUAUCGGCGCCGCCGCGUUCACCGCGGAGAACACGGCAGACGCCUCUGUUCCCGCUACGGCACGAUCAACGAGCGCCAACCUUUUCGGAAGCAGCGGCACAGCUCCCCCUGAUGGUGGUGGUGGUGGUGGGGCGCGCGGUGCCGCGACGAGCAGUGGCAGAGAGAGCGGCUACCGCAGCACUGCGUCUCGCGCGCCGCCGACGUUGACGGCCACCGGCGAUCGCGGCCACACUCAUGCACGACCUAGCCAGCAUGCGGGCGGCACCGGCGUGAACAGGAUGGCGAUCUCUCAAGGUAGAAACACCAAGGAUGUUACAGUGGAACAAGUCGAUUAG